AUGAAGGAAACGACGCCGCCAGGCUGCCCAACUGCGUCGUGCCCGCCGCUCGCCGUGCGCCACCACCUCCGCAGCCGCGUGCGCCACCGCCUCCACCGCCGCCUCCGCCGCCGCCGCCUCCUGCCGCCGCCUCCCUCUCUGUCCGCCACAUCUCCCGGCCGCGCGCGCUCCGUGUCUCCCGUGCCUUCACCUCCACCUCCGCCGCGCGCCGCCACAUCCGCCGCUCGCCGCGCUCCUUCGACGGCCGCCGCCGCCACCGCGCCUCCCUCCGCGGCGCCUCCUCGCCGUCCUCCCCCACACGACCGCGAACGACACGUGGCCCGCCGUCGCCCGCCGCCCGGAGCCGCGGACGUCGCCUCCACCGCCGCUCUCAGCGCCCUCCGCCGCCGCCCGCCACCGCGCCUCCCUGCAGGUAAGUACCCCAAGAAGAGAAACAUCGUCGAGUUCGGGAGCUUCCGCGUCUACUACGGCACCGUUCCCGAGCGCAAGUGCCUCUCGCCGGUGCUGGUGGCUCCGGACCCGCCAAGAUCUGCGUUUCCUAGCGGCCACGCAGCCGGCAGCGUCGAGGUGCUGAUGGUUGGCGCGGCUGACACCGGCAAAGGAGCUGCGGCGGAAGGCGCUAGACAGACGAAGUCCACGCGCACGGCCAAACCGCCGACCGAGCGUGACCAAGUGGUUGCGGCGCUCAUCCGGCUAGGCAACCGGAAACCAGGCUUAGAGCUCGCAAUCUAG